GGCCGUCAAACUGUCUACUGACCGCUAGCCUUUUGAAGAUUUCUCCUUUUUGGAAGCUUCGUCAUCGUCGUCGUCGAUUCGUCUCCUUGAAGAAAUUCUGAAAUUCUAGUCUUAAUUCGCUCAGGAUUUUCGAAGAUUUGAAGAACAGAAGCAGGAAUGGGGUCGCAGGACAGACUGGAAAAGAUGCAGCUACGCCAGAACUAUCGGAAUCUGUGGCACACCGAUCUCAUGCGCACCGUUCAACACGAUCCGCCAUAUUGCUGCUUGGCGUUUUGGUGUGGUCCGUGUGUGUCAUACAUGCUUCGGAAACGAGCACUUUACAAUGACAUGUCCAGGUAUGUGUGCUGUGCUGGAUAUCUGCCUUGCAGUGGCCGGUGUGGCGAAAGUCGCUGCCCUGAAUUUUGCCUAGCAACUGAGGUCUUACUAUGCUUUGGAAAUUCUGUCGCAUCAACGCGCUUUUUGUUGCAAGAUGAAUUCAACAUCCAGACGACGCAGUGUGAUAAUUGCAUUAUUGGAUUCAUGUUCUGUCUCCAACAAGUAGCUUGCAUUUUCUCAAUCGUUGCAAUGAUUGUCGGAAGCAGCGAACUCUCUGAGGCUUCUCAGAUCCUGUCUUGCUUGGCUGACAUGGUGUAUUGCACGGUCUGCGCUUGUAUGCAGACACAACACAAGAUUGAAAUGGACAAGCGCGAUGGCAAGUUUGGCCCCCAGCCGGCUAUGGCAGUUCCCCCGUUCCAGCAAAUGUCGCGACUUGAUCAGCCAUACCCCCCGACUGCUGGAUACCCUCCUGCUUAUGGGCAGCCAGUUUACCCUCCUCCUCCUCAGUAUGGCUACCCUCCUCCCGGCUACCAGAGGUGAUCGAUGAUUUUUCGACAAUGAAAUUGGAAAUCGGAACAAAGAAGCUGGAGAUCUUUGUAAGUGCAUUGUUGCUGUUUGGUCUAAAACUUAGAUGAAAUUCUCUGGAUCCUUUUUACAGACUAGAAUUGAUGGAUGUUAGAAAUGUGUCUGUUUUUUGGAUACUCAGACAUUUAUCUGCUAUUUCUAUUAUUGGUAUAAUAUAUAAAUUUGUGUGUGUAUGUAAGGACAGGUUAAAGAAGAUUCUUCAGACGUUUAUGAAUAUAUUUAUUCAAA